UCCAGAAAACACCAGAAGAACUCAUUUCGAUGUUCAUCAUGAGAGAACAGAUGAAUGUGAUCCACACUGGAGAACAGCAGAUGCUGCAGAUACCAGUGAAGAUGUGUUCAGUGAAGCUGCUGGACUGCAGGAACCUGAUGAAGAUGAGAGGAGAAAUCAAAGUAGAGGAACAACAGAGUGAUGAAUAUUAUGAAGAAACCACAGCAAAGGAACAACCGAAGCUGAUGGAAGUGAAAGAGGAACAUCAAGAGCUGAAUGAAGCAGAGGAGAAACAUCAUGAUUUCACAACUGGAGAAAAAUCUUUGAGUUGCUCAACAAAAAAUCCUCAAAGAAGAGCAGCAAAGAAAUCUCUUACUUGCUCUCAGUGUGAAAAGAAUUUCGCAUGUAAAAAAAAUCUUAAUAUACACAUGAAAAUUCACACAGGAGAGAAACCUUUCACGUGCCAUCAGUGUGGAAAAUGUUUUGCAUUUGCAGUUUCUCUCAAAAAGCAUGUCCAACAUCACUGUAGCAGAGUGUAAGGCUUCUCACAGGAAGGAGGACAGGAAACAGGUCUUCAGCACAAGGCUCUGUGUCUGCUUUUAGCUUCCAGCUAAUGUACAGCACUGGGCGCUCCUCCCCCUCCACCACCUGCGAGAGUACGACCCCCAGCCCUCUGUCUGAAGCGUCCGUCUGCAAAAUAAAAGGGAGAGAGAAGUCAGGUGCAUGAAGAAGCGGCCCCCCACAAAGUGCGGCUUUAAUCUGCAUAAACGCCUGUUGACACUGCUCCGACCAUUGAACCGGAUCUGGAGCCCCCUUUUUAGUGAGGUUCCUGCAGUCCAGCAGCUUCACUGAACACAUCUUCA